CAUGACGCGGCUUCAUCUCUGGGCUGUCUGCCUGGACUGUGGUAAAUGAUUUUGUCGAGAACCAUCGGAAGCAUAGUGUGCUCGCUCUGAUGGAUGGACACUGCUUUCUGCUAGGCUGGAGAUAACCUGGCGGAAACGUCCCACUACAUUCUUUACUACCUGCUAGUACUAUACUACGGUUCCUCAAUUUUAAUUCACGAUUUUGAUUAUCUGCACACGAUAUCUCGUUCUUUCCUACUAUUUUGGCCAUUUAGAUCAUUUUUGUCUUGUUCAACCCUACAGAAUGCGUGAAAUCGACCCGCUGGUCCUCGAAUACCAGCAUGACAAGCAUCGGCCCAGAGAAUCUGAGGCGUUGAUGGUUCUCCGAAAGGUCGCCUCCCUAGUCAAGCCAAUCAUGCGCCGAAGAGACUGGAAAGUUGGGACUCUGGCAGAGUUCUAUCCAAAUCAGAGAAAUCUUCUAGGUCUCAACAUCAACGGCGGCCUGAAGAUAUGUCUGCGGCUGCGAUACCCUUCCGAUCAACGUCAAUUUCUUCCUGUCCAGGAUGUGGUGGAUACUAUGCUGCACGAACUUUGCCACAUCGUUAUCGGGCCCCACAACCAGCAGUUCCAUGCUCUCUGGAACCAGCUGCGGGACGAGCAUGAAGAGCUCGCCAUCAAGGGCUACACCGGAGAAGGUUUCCUGUCCCAAGGCAAACGUCUUGGCGGGCGCCACAUGCCUGUCGACGAGGCUCGUCGGCAAGCGAGAGCAGCUGCGGAACGCCGGAAGACGCUCUCUGCUGGUUCUGGACAGCGAUUGGGCGGUGCUCCAGUCCGUCGAGGCACAGACAUCCGCAGGGCCAUUGCCGAUGCUGCGCAACGGCGCAUCGAGGUGACCAACGGCUGUGCCUCUGGGGCAGAGAACAGUACUGAGCUUGCAGAAGAGGCUUCUCGGAACAACUUUAGCACCAAAGCCGAAGAAGAUGACGCAAACGAACGCGCGAUCAUGCAGGCUUACAUUGACCUGAUCGAGGAAGAAGAGCGGGAGCGCUACGGACCUGGCUAUAUCCCUCCCAGCCAAGCGAUCCCUGCCGGACCCCGCUCCGUGCUUUCUCCACCACCUCAGAGCGUCAAUCCUCCUGCGCCGUCUGGACCGUCUCAGUCAGAAGUCCCUAUUGACUUAACGACGGAUGAUCGACUAUACGAGACACCGUGGACAUGUCCUACCUGCACCCUCGAAAACCCCGCCACCUACCUCUGCUGUGACGUUUGUGCAGCCGAGCGACCUCGACCAUCCAACCCCAGGUCUAUGUCUGGCCCUGCAACUACUAAACCCAGUGAGACGGAGAUUAGAAAAACGAACAAGAGACCUCUCAGUCGCUCCGCGGCGCAGGAACCGUUCAGGAACCGGACCAGAGCUGUCGAGUCUCUCGCAUCCCUAGAACGAAAAUCUUCCAAACGGCCCCUGGGAUGGCUCUGUGACGAUUGUGGCAGCUUUAUGGAAACAGAGUGGUGGACAUGUUCUAACUGUGGGAAAAUGAAGCGGGCGUCAUGAGAUUGGCUCGCGCAAGAGUUGCUUGCACCUCCUGGGCUGGCCCGUAGCAUAGCAAUG